CCGCUAUAAUCUCUAGACAUUCAAAUCAAAAUUAGCCUCUCUCUCUCUUCUCCCAUUCAAAAACCACACGAAGCACAAGCCAUGAUCAAAUGAGCAAAAAAGGAGAAAGGGACCCCACCAUGAAAGGCUAUCAUAUAGAAAAGAAAAGAGAAAAAGAUAAACUGCAGCACCAGUUCAUGGUUUUACAAGAAGAUUGGCAUUCCUACAAUCAGUCUCACCCAAGAACCCAACGAAGAUAUUCAACAAACUCUAACCACAUGGCUAAAUCUCUUCAAAGGCUAGACAGCUCUCCAAGAAGCCUCAUGUCUUCACUUCAAAAAAGACUGUCUCCUCCAGAAGGAGCAUGGAAAGUGAGGACCAAUGAUUUGGCAAUGGAAGAGAUACGUAGAGAAAGAAAAGCAGUCAUUGAGAGUGGAAGGUUGAAAGGGCGGCGGCUUUUUGAGGCGGAUGAGAGUGAAACUGAGAUGGGUUUUGGAUGGAAAGAGAAGAUAUGUAAUGGUUUGGCUCAAGAGAGUGAAGUGAGAUCAGUGUCCUUUUGUGAUUCUGAUGAUGAUCAUCAUGAAAAUGAAACUGGUGGGAUGAUCAGCAAUGUAUUGCCUGUUUGUUUUCAGUGCUGUUGUUCUUCAUCUUCGUCGUUGUCUUCAUUGUCUUCUUUUUCUCUGCGUGAUGAAUAUGUGAAAGGAGAGGUAGUAGUGGAGGACGAAAAGAAAGUGGUGGCAAGUGUGGAGAUGAGAAGAGAUUCUUAUGGUGGAAGUGGUAAUGGGAGAAGGUGGAUGGUUGUGAUGGGUUGGCUUGCUAUUGCUUCAAUUGUGUAUGCAAUUUGCAUUGUUCCAAUGAGGAGCUUUGGUGGAUAUAGAGAUGAACAUGAGAUGAUCCUAGUUCCAACAUGAAAUGUCUCUCUCCCUCUCUCAUUUUGAUAUUUUAUGAUUUGAACCAGUUUGGGUGCUAGUAA